AUGCAAACUUAAAGAGAGAAUUUACAGAGUCAGGGCCAACUGAUUUCGAGUCAUAGAAAUUUUUUAUCUAAAAGAACCAAGACAGAACCAUCUAUGAUACCUAAUUUUGAUAUCUUAUAGGAGAGUGUGAAGAAUUAGUUUGCUCUAGGUCAUAUACGAGGGAAAUGGCUUCAUAAACCUCAAAAGAGACGACUUAUGGAAAGGUAAACAAUAAAUCAAAGACGAAAAAAAUUAACAUUCCUAAAAUUUGGAUUCGGAACGCAUGAUAAAAAGAACAACUAUUAUUUGUAGCCACUUAUCAAAUAGGUUCAUGAAGCCUUUGGAGAGUUGGCUAACGAUGGCUCUAUGGGAGUAGUUGACUUAUGGUGUGAUCGCAAUGUCAAUAGAUUGAUGGAUGCGAUAGAAAUGACUAGAGAUAAUUUACUGGUGAGACGGAUGGGGAAGGAAAAACAAAAGAGUGAUGAGUCGGGCUUAAAUAGAGUGAACGAUAAAAAUGUUAAUAAUAUAUUUAAAUCAAGUGAUGAUAUACUUUUAAAAUAAAAUUUCAAUUGA